UUCUACUGUUUCAACCAUUUCAACUUCUAAUUUGUCAACGACUUCAUUCAGGUUAAACAAAGAGCUUCUUAACCAAACUAGGAAUCAGUUACUUAUAUUCCAACAAAAUGACAAUGAGGAAAUGAAACCAGUUAUUAUCGCUGAAAAUGUAUCCCUCGAAACAUAUAUCAAGUAUUGCAAAGCUGAACGAAAGCUUCCUGUUAGCAUUCGUUUAGUUGAUGGAAACAUACAAGCUUAUGAAGUACCGCUCACAUCUCAUGGAGGAGUAUCAAGUGAAAUCAGUUUCUUGAUUAGUAAUUGGACUCCAGCUGGACAGGAACCUAACUCAGAAAGUGCAGCAUACCCAACAAUGGUUGUCGAAGUUGGAAACAGCGAGUCAACCCCUAGCUUACAUAAUCUUUCAACGGGUUAUUUUUCUCCACGAACGACUAUCCAAAUUUAUCUUGCAAUAAAACUGUUUCCUAUUCGUAAUGAUGGUACAAGAGCAAUGCUUGCACUACGUUAUCUACGUACAAAUUCAAAUCCAACAGUACCAGAUACUGUAAUAUCUUUCGGCACAGCACCUCUUAAUCAUAAUACAAUAGAUUUUCUUUUGAAUAGUGUGGGCGUUUCAUCUGCUAGUCUUACUGGCGUUGGGUUUUCAACAAACGUUUGUAACGCCCCUGGUAUUUCGAAUUAUCAAUUGCAUACUCCUGCUGCUGAAAUUUUUAACGGUGUACAUGGUGGCAUCCCCGCUGGAACAGUUAAUGGAUUUUAUUUGGAUUUAUGGGAAUUACAAAACAUAGUAACAAGUUUAACCAGUUAG